GUGUUGACUCACUAAUAAUUUUGACACAUGCGCUCAUUGGACGUCGCGAAGUAAUCAAGUAAAGUAGUACCAACAUUUUAGUCCAGUAUCGUUCCGGUUGCCGUAGUCGUGUAGUCGGUGAAAUAAGUGGUGACUGGUGGAUUUUUUACGUGUAUUACUUCAAAAAUGGCGUCUGGUGUGACCGUGUCGGACGCGUGCAAGACGACGUAUGAGGAGAUCAAGAAGGACAAGAAGCACCGCUACGUGGUGUUCUACAUCCGCGACGAGAAGCAGAUCGACGUGGAGACGGUCGGCGAGCGGAACGCUGAGUACGACCAGUUCCUUGAGGACCUGCAGAAGGGGGGCACCGGCGAGUGCAGAUAUGGCCUAUUCGACUUUGAAUAUACCCACCAAUGUCAGGGCACAUCAGAGGCAAGCAAGAAACAGAAGCUUUUCUUAAUGUCAUGGUGCCCAGACACCGCCAAGGUCAAAAAGAAGAUGUUGUAUUCUAGCUCUUUCGAUGCGUUGAAAAAGUCGCUGGUCGGCGUACAGAAGUACAUUCAAGCAACCGACCUCUCGGAGGCUUCGCAGGAGGCCGUAGAAGAGAAACUCCGAGCAACGGACCGCCAGUAAUCAGCAUUUAUUAAUCCUUACGCUAUCUACGACCGACGUGCUAAGACGCGACCGACUAACGCCAUCUGCCAUGACGUCACGGCUACACAGCUAGUUCUCAUUUCAAAUUUAACCGCUUUUCGUUAUUUCAAACUUAAAUUCCCUGUUCCAUUGUAUCGUUCUAAUUUUAAAUUUGAUUUUAUUUUAAUGCCUCUAGUAUAUUUGUUUAGACUGAGAGAUAUUUACGUGAUAGGCAGAUGUGUCAAGUUGUUGCGUAUAUACAGUGAUAUGCAUAGGUUCUCUUAUAUUUACUUUUGUCCUUAUGCUUUUCCGAAUAGAACUGUGCGGUCAAGUCGGCGGAUAUUGUACAGAUAUAGUAAAAUUGCUAUAUUAAGAUACUAUGGCCGACUGUGAAUUAGCUAAUAAGGAAUCGUUUAAGUAAUAAUUUAAAUUAUACUAAUUAUAAAUAUUUUUCCUAUAAACUAAAGAGUAAGUUAAGCUCAAACUAAAUUUAAUACAGUCACGCAUGUUUUUUUUUAUAAAUACAGGUUAGGCAACGGUCGGCUUUUUAUACUGUUUAGAUUGUAAAAAGGUUUUUAUACAAUUGCCUGUUUUGAUUUGAGAUUGUACUGGCUGAUGCAUGUAACAGCUUGACCCAGAGGGCGGUUGAAUAAGUAUUUUGUAACCAAUUUAUCCAGAAAUACACUCGAUAUAAGUGAA